GGUUUCUGGGUAUAAUUAUAUAUUCUGAAGUCGUAUCGCUCUGCUUGCAGAUUACUGAGUGCGGUGCGGGGAGAGCUUCUUGUUUUCUGAUUGCUGUGACAGGUAACAAUGGCGGAAGGGGACAACAAGAGCGCUAACCAGCUGGCAGCAGAGACUUUACGACUUGAAGAAUACUUUCAAGGAUGGGGAGAAGUGAUCCUCGUAGUUGACCGCACUCUUCGCUGGGAGAAGCCUUGGUUUCCUGCAGUUAUCGUGGGAGUGGUUUCAUUUGUAUUUCUAAUGAUCUACUUCUUGGAUCCAUCUGUCCUUUCGGUAGUAUCCUGUUUUGUAAUGUGCCUGUGCCUGGCUGACUACCUUGUUCCUAGACUUGCUCCCAGAAUUUUUGGAUCCAACCAGUGGACCACAGAUCAGCAGCAAAGAUUUCAUGAGAUUUGCAGCAACCUUGUAAAGACUCGUCGACGAAUCAUCGGUUGGUGGAAUCGCCUCUCUGCCCUUAAAGAGGAAAAGCCAAAAAUGUAUUUGAUGUCUGUGACCAUCUUUCUGGCUAUGCUUGCUUGGAUAGGACAACAGGUUGACAACCUUUUGCUUACAUACCUUCUUGUGACCUUUUUGCUGUUGAUUCCUGGUCUCAACAAACAUGGAAUUAUAACAAAAUAUGUUGGAAUGGGAAAAAGAGAAAUUAAUAAACUUCUUAAACAAAAGGAAAAGAAGAAUGAAUAAUUUUGUUUCCAGAUUUGCUAUGAACACAUUCAUGGGAACAAUUUUCUUUUGUUUUGUCUUAUAUCUGUGUUUGGAGAGAGAGAACUAGUGUGUGACAUUCUUGUUAACCUGAUGAUCCCUAAUAUAUAUAAAGUAUAAUAUACUGAGUGUCAUUUUUAACAUUGGUUGCACUGAAACAUGUUCAUGUUUCUUCUAAAUGUAAAUAUUCUUUGAGAAAAGUUUAAACUAUUGUCUGAUUGUGUCUUGAACUGUUAAAGUCAUUUUAUAUGUUCACUUCUGUAAAUAUCUUUUACUUUCAUUUGCUGUGUGUUUAUUUUGCAACAUGAGUUACAGAACUGUCUUCCUGUUAGCUGAAGGAAUAAAAUCUGUAAAAUCUUUAA